AUGCCUACUUCCCACAUCUCCACCCCCCUCAACGGCACCGACGCCACCGUCGUUAUCACGGCCCUGCACAACCACGAUCUGAUGAUCAAAACUCUAUGUCCCGCGCUGGUCAGCUACGCCUUCGAGUCCGGUGACAAGAACAGCCAAGCCACCUAUACAGUCACCGACAAGAAGCCCAUCGGGCAGACCACCUACAAACUCACCAUCACCAACGUCCCCAAUGGUGUCGAUACCAUGGUCAACGCGAAGCCACCUGUUGGGAUUCUUACCAUCGCCGGCAAGUGGCGCGUCAUCAACGGCGAGUUGGUCGAGGAUGUCGAAAUCGAUGGCAACUUUAUGAUGAAGAAGGUGGCAAAGGGUAACGUCGAGAAGACGCACCCAGAGCAGCACAUGAAGCUGCUUGAGGCGGCCAUGGCAUAA